UCGUAUACCGUUGCGGGUGGGUUAUCGAAGUAAAGCUGCAUUUAACUUUUCCAUUUACACAAUGAAGUUGAUUAAAUUUGCAGUUUUAGCAGCAGCUCUGUGUGUAAUCGUUCUUGGAGAUAGUUCUGAUCUCGAGGACGACGACAAUUCGACUGUUAUUUAUGAAGAGGGUUCCGCUGAUGAAUCUCCGAUGGUCGAAAUCGACAAAAUUUUCACUCAUAGUUUUUUCGUGAUUCCAGGAAAUGGCACCUGUGAAGAAGGCGUUCCUUGUGGUUACGCUACUUUUGCAACUUCAAUUACAACUCGUGAAAUCUUUGUUAAGAGCAAUUGUGACUGUCCAGAAGGAAGUAUAUGCUACUUAAAUGCUCUUCAAAGUUCAUCAUACGUAUAUCGUUGCUCUCAGUCACGGAAUGAAACUGACCCUAUCCUCAAAGAAGUUGCUGUGCCGUCUGAAUUUCCUGUCCAGAAUAAUACCCGUACUCUUCGAAGCUCCUCGAUGUUCGAUAACAAUAAAUGAGCUUUGAUAUUGCCUGUUGGAAAAUCUGAAUCAAUACUGUUCUAGGAUUUGACAUCAAGACAUCAAUUAUUAUUCAGUCUUCACUUCAGCUUAAAGUUCACCUUGUAGUUUCAAUAAAUUUACCGACUGUUUAUUUUAGAUAUGGUGUAUUAUUUAAACAGACGAUGCCCACUGAGAACGGAAUUUGUCGCUUAGAUCUGCAAGCAAUAUUAAAGCACGAAGUGUCGGAUUAUACUUGAACUUCUCGAAACAUAUUCACACAAAUUGAUUCUGCAAACGGAAGUAAUCCGAUUGACCUAAUUCAACAAGUUGUGGGUUUUGAGGUCUCAAAAUGUUAAGUAUAUCCGUAGAUAAUCAGUUUCAAACUGGGUCUUCGAAAUAACUACAUUAAAGGGAUACAUUUAGAGAAAUAUUACGUGCAGCCUUUGGAAUAUAAGGUAUUUUCUGUGACUGAAAGUAUUUUAAAUACAAGUGAACAAUGUAAUUUUUAUUCAGAUUUUAAAUACGGAAGCUAAACUGUUUAGCAAAUACUCUGCCAUUUAGGAACCUUUCAAAAGCAAAUAACCUAAUGGCAGGGUCUUAAAAGCAAAAUAUUUUAUUUGUUAUUUAACCUCUACAGCCUAUAGAAAAGCUCGAUGUCUUAUUUUACAUGGAAAAAGAAUUUUGCUUUCGGACGAAUGCCUGUUUAUGAAAAGCACUUCAAGUAAAUCAAGUGGUGUUAAAAACGCAGAAAUGCAUAUCAACCUCAAUGAUGCACUUGGAAAUGCGCAGCCUUAUCUAAUUGGUAAAUUCAGAAUGGUAACUGCAAAAAGAUCCGGUAAAUAUAACGUCCACUACAUGCAGGUACAUAUUAAAAUCGCACACUUUAAUACAUCUGGUUCAGGUUUUUUACUCUUAAUUUUAAUGUUAAUCUAUAAAUUCACCACAUUACUGACAAAACGGUUUACAUAAGACGCUACCGAUAACAUAUUUCAGCAAUUACUUGAUUAUAUCAUGUAUGCACUGUUGGAUUAGCCUUCCGUGAUAACAAAAACUAGUUGGUUGCUGAACCGCCAAAUUCAUGGUUUCGUUUAUUUCAAAGACAUUAUGAAUUCCUUAAAAGAUUAGUUAAUUCCUUUUCAAUAUAGAGUUCUCUACAUUUAACUUUGCACUUUUGACUUAAUUGCAAGGCCGUUUUUAUGCCAUUGGUCACGUUGGAAAAUAGCCUGUAGCAUCACGCGUAAACACGAUAUAUUUUUGUUUAAAAAUGUAUCUUUAUUCGAAUGGGUAUAAA